AUUUAGGUACAUAUAUAGCUGAUGCAAAGAUGCCAAAACCUAAGGGAAAGCCGUCCAAAUCCGACUCUCAGCCCCAGAAAUCCUCCCCAGCUCCCAACUGGCCUCCCCUUCGUCCCCUUAUCCCCUCCUCUGACCUCACUCUAGACCCCAUUCUCCCCGACCAAAUCUACCUAAUCCGCAAUUUCCUCCCGGCUUCCCUGUGCAAAACAUACGUCUCCUUUCUCUCCUCUUUACCCUUAACCACCACCCCAGGGAGACCCAAGAAAGGCGAAGCCGUUCGCGUCAACGACCGGUUCCAAGUCCAGGAUGAGAGGUUCGCUGACCAACUCUGGCGGGAAACAGCCCUGAAGGAGCUUGUGACUGUUCGAGCUCUAGAGACGGAAGACGAUGAUAACGGGCACCAGAAUCACGACCAAAGUGACAGUGGGAGGAGGUCUACAAAGACAAGAAGAUCCAUUCAAGGGAUCUGGGGCGGGGAUCCCCUAGGGUUGAACCCGAAUAUUCGUGUAUAUCGAUAUACUCCCGGGCAGUUUUUUGCGCAGCACUACGACGACUCUAACGCCCUCUCCUUUUUGUCGCCUUCUACCCCGCCUAAACCGGGCCGUACUACUUGGACGCUGCUUAUCUACUUGUCGACGUGCUCAGGAGGGGAAACAGUCUUUUACCCUGAGCCGACUCGCGCGAAUCGUAACCCUGAGCCGAUCUCUGUGGCUCCAGAGAUGGGUAUGGCGCUGUUCCACCGACAUGGCGAUCGUUGUCUACUGCAUGAAGGGGCGGAGGUAACGGGCGGAGAGAAAUGGGUCUUGAGAAGCGAUUUAGUUGUUGCGCGAUGAUGUUGAUACAACAAUGGAGUUAGCAGCAUACGCGAAAUCAGGUCCUAUUGACCAUAGAAG